ACUCCCUAACGGUCGGACGGUGAGAAACUUGUGUCCCCCGUCUUUUCCACUUCUUCUUGGGCCAGCGGACCCCUGCGUACCUGUAUCAUGCGUGAGUGCAUCUCUAUCCACGUUGGCCAGGCUGGUGUCCAGAUCGGCAAUGCCUGCUGGGAGUUGUACUGUCUGGAACAUGGUAUCCAGCCUGAUGGGCAGAUGCCAAGUGACAAGACCAUUGGGGGUGGAGAUGAUUCUUUUAACACCUUCUUCAGUGAAACAGGGGCUGGCAAGCAUGUUCCCCGUGCUGUGUUUGUAGACCUGGAACCAACUGUUAUUGAUGAAGUUCGAACUGGAACCUACCGCCAGCUCUUCCAUCCUGAGCAGCUGAUCACUGGCAAGGAAGAUGCUGCCAAUAACUAUGCCCGUGGACACUAUACUAUUGGCAAGGAAAUCAUCGACCUGGUUCUGGACAGGAUUCGGAAGCUUGCUGAUCAGUGCACAGGUCUUCAAGGCUUCUUGGUUUUCCACAGCUUUGGUGGUGGGACUGGCUCUGGUUUCACCUCUCUGCUGAUGGAAAGGCUGUCUGUUGAUUAUGGCAAGAAGUCCAAGCUGGAGUUCUCCAUUUACCCAGCCCCACAGGUUUCCACUGCUGUAGUUGAGCCCUACAACUCCAUUCUGACCACUCACACCACCCUGGAGCACUCUGAUUGUGCCUUCAUGGUAGACAAUGAGGCUAUCUAUGACAUCUGUCGCAGAAACCUCGAUAUUGAACGCCCAACCUACACUAAUCUGAAUCGCCUUAUUAGUCAAAUUGUGUCCUCCAUCACUGCCUCUCUGAGAUUUGAUGGUGCCCUGAAUGUUGAUCUGACAGAAUUCCAGACCAACUUGGUGCCCUACCCCCGAAUCCAUUUCCCCCUGGCCACCUAUGCCCCGGUCAUCUCUGCUGAGAAAGCCUAUCAUGAGCAGCUGACUGUAGCAGAGAUCACCAAUGCUUGCUUUGAGCCUGCCAACCAGAUGGUGAAAUGUGACCCUCGCCACGGUAAAUACAUGGCUUGCUGCCUGCUGUACCGUGGGGAUGUGGUUCCCAAAGAUGUCAAUGCCGCCAUUGCCACCAUCAAGACAAAGCGUAGCAUCCAGUUUGUGGAUUGGUGCCCAACUGGCUUCAAGGUUGGCAUCAAUUACCAGCCUCCCACUGUGGUUCCUGGUGGUGACCUGGCCAGGGUACAGAGGGCUGUGUGCAUGCUGAGCAACACCACAGCCAUUGCUGAGGCCUGGGCUCGCCUGGACCACAAGUUUGAUCUGAUGUAUGCCAAGCGUGCCUUUGUUCAUUGGUAUGUGGGGGAGGGCAUGGAGGAAGGAGAGUUCUCUGAGGCACGGGAGGAUAUGGCAGCCCUGGAGAAGGAUUAUGAGGAGGUUGGAGCAGAUAGUGCAGACGGGGAAGAUGAAGGUGAGGAAUAUUAAUGUGUAUUCUUUUUCUUCAUGUGCUAGGUCUGUCUCUUUUUUUGUUCUGUGAAAAUGUCCUCUGUGGUCACUAAAAGUCAAUAAAAAUGAAACUCACCUUC